CCCCAGCAGGCUGGCUGCCUGCCUCUGCAGGCCAGGCCUGCGCCUGCCCCAGACCCUAUAAGGCCUGGGAGCUGAAAGCAGAGCCAGCUGCCAGCUGCGCCGCCAGUCACUCCAAAGGACCCUCUCGCAGUCCAGCUGCUUAGAGUAUUAACAUGUCUGCUCAAGAGGAAGGAGGCCGGAAGCCCCACAAAUCCAAGGGCAAGACCCUGAGCAACUUCUUGGGGUUCCUGCCUGGCUUCAGUUCUGCCCGGAACCUGGUGGCCAACGCUCACAGCUCAGCAGGAGAGGCCCAGCCAGUAGCUGAUCCCACAGGUACUCCCACCCCCGAGGCCGCCCAUCCCCAGGCCCAGGCAGCUACCGACCCGAAGCAGAUGGCCAGGGAGGUGGAAAAGCUGCCGUCGCCUUCAGACAAGAUGAUCUCUGGGGUGAAGGACCAGGUGUGCUCCACGAUGACCAAAACGAAAGACGCCAUCUCCUCCGGAGUGGCCAACGUGACAGACUCAGCUAAAGGUGUGCUUCAGGGAGCUCGUGGCGUGUCCCGACCUGAGCACACUGGAACCAAGGAGGCUGUGGCCAGUGGGGUCGCAGGGACAGUGGAUAUAGCCAAAGGGACCUUUCAGACUGGUGUGGAUACCACCAAGAUGGUGCUGACUGACACCAAGAACACCAUCUGCAGUGGAGUGACCGGUGCUGUGAAUAUGGCAACAGGGGCUGUUCAGGGGGGCCUGGACACCACCAAGACAGUCCUGACUGGCACCAAAGACACAGUGUCCGCUGGCCUCACCGGGGCAGUGGGUGUGGCUAAGGGUGCCAUCCAAACUGGCAUGGACACUUCCAAGACAGUCCUCACUGGCACCAAAGACACAGUGUCCGCUGGCCUCACUGGAGCAAUGGGAAUGGCCAAGGGAGCUGUGCAGACGGGUGUGGACACCUCUAAGACCAUCCUGACUGGCACCAAAGACACAGUGUCCACUGGCCUCACCGGGGCAGUGGGUGUGGCCAAAGGUGUCGUCCAAGCUGGCAUGGACACCACCAAAACAGUCCUGACUGGCACCAAAAAUACAGUGUCCGCUGGCCUCACCGGGGCAAUGGGUAUGACCAAGGGUGCUGUUCAGACCGGUGUGGACACCACCAAGACAGUCCUCACUGGCACCAAAGACACAGUGUCCACUGGCCUCACGGGGGCAAUGGAUGUAGCCAAGGGUGCCAUCCAAACUGGCAUGGACACCUCCAAGACCAUCCUAACUGGCACCAAAAACACAGUGUCCACCGGACUCUCUGGAGCAAUGGGUGUUGCCAAAGGUGCCGUGCAAACUGGCGUGGACACCACCAAGACGGUUCUCACUGGCACCAAAGACACUGUGUCCACUGGACUCACCGGCGCAGUAGGUGUGGCCAAGAGUGCCGUUCAGACUGGUGUGGACACCUCCAAGACUAUCCUGACUGGCACCAAAAACACAGUGUCCGCUGGCCUCACCGGGGCCAUGGGAAUGGCCAAGGGUGCUGUUCAGACAGGUGUGGACACCUCUAAGACCAUCCUGACUGGCACCAAAGACACAGUGUCCACUGGACUCACUGGGGCUGUGGGUGUAGCCAAAGGUGCCAUCCAAACUGGCGUGGACACCACCAAGACAGUCCUGACUGGCACCAAAGACACAGUGUCCGCUGGCCUCACCGGGGCAAUGGGAAUGGCCAAGGGUGCUGUUCAGACGGGUGUGGACACCUCUAAGACCAUCCUAACUGGCACCAAAGACACAGUGUCCACUGGCCUCACGGGAGCAAUGGACAUAGCAAAAGGUGCCGUCCAAACUGGCGUGGACACCACCAGGACAGUCCUGACGGGCACCAAAGACACAGUGUCCGCUGGCCUCACCGGAGCAAUGGGAAUGGCCAAGGGUGCUGUUCAGACGGGUGUGGACACCUCUAAGACCAUCCUGACUGGCACCAAAGACACAGUGUCCGCUGGCCUCACCGGGGCAAUGGGAAUGGCCAAGGGUGCUGUUCAGACGGGUGUGGACACCUCUAAGACCAUCCUGACUGGCACCAAAGACACAGUGUCUACUGGCCUCACCGGGGCAGUGGGUGUGGCCAAAGGUGCCGUGCAAACUGGCGUGGACACCUCUAAGACCAUCCUGACUGGCACCAAAGACACCGUGUCUGCUGGCCUCACUGGGGCAAUAGGAAUGGCCAAGGGUGCCGUCCAAACUGGCAUGGACACCUCUAAGACCAUCCUGACUGGCACCAAAGACACAGUGUCCGCUGGCCUCACCGGGGCAAUGGGUAUGACCAAGGGUGCUGUCCAGUCCGGUGUGAACACCACCAAGACAGUCCUCAGUGGCACCAAAGACACAGUGUCCACUGGCCUCACGGGGGCAAUGGACGUAGCCAAAGGUGCCGUCCAAACUGGCAUGGACACCUCCAAGACCAUCCUAACUGGCACCAAAAACACAGUGUCCACCGGACUCUCUGGAGCAAUGGGUGUGGCCAAAGGUGCCGUGCAAACUGGCGUGGACACCACCAAGACGGUUCUCACUGGCACCAAAGACACUGUGUCCACUGGACUCACCGGUGCAGUAGGUGUGGCCAAGAGUGCUGUCCAGACUGGUGUGGACACCUCCAAGACCAUCCUGACUGGCACCAAAGACACAGUGUCCGCUGGUCUCACUGGAGCAAUGGGAAUGGCCAAGGGUGCCGUCCAAACUGGCAUGGACACCACCAAGACAGUCCUGACUGGCACCAAAAACACAGUGUCCGCUGGCCUCACCGGGGCAAUGGGUAUGACCAAGGGGGCUCUUCAGACCGGUGUGGACACCACCAAGACAGUCCUCACUGGCACCAAAGACACAGUGUCCACUGGCCUCACGGGGGCAAUGGAUGUAGCCAAGGGUGCCAUCCAAACUGGCAUGGACACCUCCAAGACCAUCCUAACUGGCACCAAAAACACAGUGUCCACCGGACUCUCUGGAGCAAUGGGUGUGGCCAAAGGUGCCGUGCAAACUGGCGUGGACACCACCAAGACGGUUCUCACUGGCACCAAAGACACUGUGUCCACUGGACUCACCGGUGCAGUAGGUGUGGCCAAGAGUGCUGUCCAGACUGGUGUGGACACCUCUAAGACCAUCCUAACUGGCACCAAAGACACAGUGUCCACUGGCCUCACGGGAGCAAUGGACAUAGCAAAAGGUGCCGUCCAAACUGGCAUGGACACCUCUAAGACCAUCCUGACUGGCACCAAAGACACAGUGUCCGCUGGCCUCACCGGGGCCAUGGGAAUGGCCAAGGGUGCUGUUCAGACGGGUGUAGACACCUCUAAGACCAUCCUGACUGGCACCAAAGACACAGUGUCCACUGGACUCACUGGGGCUGUGGGUGUAGCCAAAGGUGCCAUCCAAACUGGCGUGGACACCACCAGGACAGUCCUGACGGGCACCAAAGACACAGUGUCCGCUGGCCUCACCGGAGCAAUGGGAAUGGCCAAGGGUGCUGUUCAGACGGGUGUGGACACCUCUAAGACCAUCCUGACUGGCACCAAAGACACAGUGUCCGCUGGCCUCACCGGGGCAAUGGGAAUGGCCAAGGGUGCUGUUCAGACGGGUGUGGACACCUCUAAGACCAUCCUGACUGGCACCAAAGACACAGUGUCUACUGGCCUCACCGGGGCAGUGGGUGUGGCCAAAGGUGCCGUGCAAACUGGCGUGGACACCUCUAAGACCAUCCUGACUGGCACCAAAGACACCGUGUCUGCUGGCCUCACUGGGGCAAUAGGAAUGGCCAAGGGUGCCGUCCAAACUGGCAUGGACACCUCUAAGACCAUCCUGACUGGCACCAAAGACACAGUGUCCGCUGGCCUCACCGGGGCAAUGGGUAUGACCAAGGGUGCUGUCCAGUCCGGUGUGAACACCACCAAGACAGUCCUCAGUGGCACCAAAGACACAGUGUCCACUGGCCUCACGGGGGCAAUGGACGUAGCCAAAGGUGCCGUCCAAACUGGCAUGGACACCUCCAAGACCAUCCUAACUGGCACCAAAAACACAGUGUCCACCGGACUCUCUGGAGCAAUGGGUGUGGCCAAAGGUGCCGUGCAAACUGGCGUGGACACCACCAAGACGGUUCUCACUGGCACCAAAGACACUGUGUCCACUGGACUCACCGGUGCAGUAGGUGUGGCCAAGAGUGCUGUCCAGACUGGUGUGGACACCUCCAAGACCAUCCUGACUGGCACCAAAGACACAGUGUCCGCUGGUCUCACUGGAGCAAUGGGAAUGGCCAAGGGAGCUGUGCAGACGGGUGUGGACACCUCUAAGACCAUCCUGACUGGCACCAAAGACACAGUGUCCGCUGGCCUCACCGGGGCAAUGGGAAUGGCCAAGGGUGCUGUUCAGACGGGUGUGGACACCUCUAAGACCAUCCUGACUGGCACCAAAGACACAGUGUCCGCUGGCCUCACCGGGGCAAUGGGUAUGACCAAGUGUGCUGUCCAGACUGGUGUGGACACCACCAAGACGGUCCUCACUGGCACCAAAGACACAGUGUCCACUGGCCUCACGGGAGCAAUGGACGUAGCCAAGGGUGCCGUCCAAACUGGCAUGGAUACCACCAAGACAGUCCUGACUGGCACCAAAAACACAGUGUCCGCUGGCCUCACCGGAGCAGUGGGUGUGGCUAAGGGUGCCAUCCAAACUGGUGUGAACACCUCCAAGACAGUCCUGACUGGCACCAAAGACACAGUGUCCGCUGGCCUCACCGGUGCAGUAGGUGUAGCCAAGAGUGCCGUACAGACCGGUGUGGACACCUCCAAGACAGUCCUGACUGGCACCAAAGACACAGUGUCCGCUGGCCUCACCGGGGCAAUGGGUGUAGCUAAGGGUGCCGCCCAAACUGGCAUAAAUACUUCAAAGACUGUUCUUAAGGGAACCAAAGACACGGUGUCCACUGGACUCACUGGGGCAACGGGUAUGGCCAAGUGUGCUGUCCAGACUAGUGUGGACACCUCCAAGACCUUCUUGACUGGCACCAAAGACACAGUAUCCACUGGCCUCAAUGGGGCAAUGGGUUUCACCAAGGGCGCUGUCCAGAUUGGUCUGGGCACUAUACAGAAUUGGUUACCUGGUGCUGGGGAAAGCUCCUAUGGUGGACUCACCAAUGACCAGGAGACCGACAAAUUUGGGCAACAAACUGUGCUGAACCCCCUGGAGGCUUCAUCCUGCAUGGUCUCCAGCCUCCCAGACACUCUCUGUGCAAGCCAUGUCCUUGCCACAGAAGCCAUUGCAAGUACCCAGAGCCUUAGUUCCACUGUGGCAGCAUUCACACAAGGAACCUCACUGGGCACAGAGGAUGCGGGGUGCAUGGCCACCAUGCACAGCCAUGAAGGUGUCAUGGGCUUCAUGACACUCCCAGAGGAACUGGGGGCGAUCUUCCACCCCAUGAACGCGGAGGAGCAAGCUCAGUUGGUGGCUUCUGAGCCUGGGCCCAGGGUGCCCGCAGCAGACCAGAGCAGUUACUUCGUGCGUCUUGGUGACCUGGCCCACGGCUUUCGCCAGCGGGCUUUCGAGCAUACCCUGAGCCAUUUGCAGCAUGGCCAGUUCCAGGCUAGGGCCACAAUGGCCCAGCUUGAGGACUCCAUCAGGCUGAUUGAAAAGGCCAAGCAGGCUCCAGAAGGACAGCCAUGGACAGAUAAAGCCGGUACCCAAGAGGUGUCAGACUUGGGGGCUCUGUCCAGGACGUGUGGACUCAUCCAGCAGCUCCACGUGGCUUACAGCACCCUAGCCUCCAGCCUCCAGGGUCUCCCAGCCGAGCUCCAGCAGCGGGUCAGGCAGGCGAGGCACAGCCUCUGUGAGCUGUAUGGUGUCGUCUCCUCCGCCAGCUCCAUUGCAGAGCUGCCAGCCGAGCGCCUGGCUCAGAGCCGUGAGAGUGUAGGCCAGGCCUGGCAAGGGCUGGAGAAGCUGCUGGAGAGCGUGCAGCAUAGCCCCCCGCUCAGCUGGCUGGUGGGACCCUUUGACCUGCACCCUAGUGGGCAGCAACUGUAGGUCCUUCUCAGAGCCUCCCCAGCCCCAACUCCCUGAAGCUCUGGGACUGCCCCAUCUACCUUUCUUCCCAAGCAUGGCUGGCCUAGGAGCCCAGGGUUGCUAAGACCAUUGACAGAGGGCCUGCACUUGAAGAACCUGAGCAAGCACUCCAGUUACGAAAGAGAAGUGAAAUGUGCCUGAGUCUAGAAGAUUCUCCUAGCAGUCCCCACUAGGAGCCCCAUCAUCUUUGCAGGGGAUGGGGGUCUUCCACCCCAGUCUGGGCCGUCAGCUACCAGCUUAGCGGGUAGUCCUGCUCCUCUGUACUCACUUUGAAAGCAUCUACCCCAGACCUAGCAAACACCUUGCACCGCAAUGUACCAGAAUGCCACCACCAUCCGGAGGCAGUGUCCCAACUGCCUUUGCUGAAUGUGGCCUAAAGGGCUCUGGGGAACUGCAUUGUUUAGAGGGGCUUUGGGGGGCUACAAAUCAAGUCCCUUCCUGCCUCUUCUGCUUGCCCACCUGCCCUGUCCUACGGGCCACUCACGGGAUCACAGAGCUGAGGUUCUGGUCCCUGGGGCAUCUGAGCCCAGAGGCUGCCUAUGGCGGAAUGAAAGGGCUUCCCCACAGGGGCAGGGCCCAGGGAGGAUGGGACAAAAGGUGCUGAGUGAUCCUUCAGGUCUUGGUAACUUGCUCCAGGCUGGAGACGAGGGCCUGCAAUGGUGGGAACAUCCCUGCAACCCCAGCCAGAGGGCCAAGCCCCCUGCCCCUGCCCCGAGAUGUGAAAACUCAGGAUGUCCAUCCAAGAAAUUCCCCCUCACUGGCCUAGGCCUCUCUCCAUCUGGGAGCUGACAUCAGAACACCAGCAGCCCAAGCCGGGUCCAGCUUCCAUCUUCCCAGAACCUGCACCAUGCCGACAGCACGCCCCCACACUGCACCCUCUUCUCAGAAAUGAUCAGGUGCUCUGAGCUCAAGGAUGAACGGGCUCACUCUCCCUAAGGGUUACCAAAGGCUGCCAGCAUCUGGGAGGGACUCUGCACUGGGGUGCUGGCACCUGGCUUGACGAAAGAACCAGUCAGUGAACCUUCCAAGACUUUCUUUCCUCGACCUCCAACACAUAAGGUUAUCAGAGGUGAAGACACCGGGAAUUCAGCUAUUCACAGAAACCCAGCAAAGUGACCUGACUUCAAGUCCAGCCAAACCAAAUGGGGGGCGGGCAGGUCUCAAGAAAUCCCUGCCAUACCAGUCUCCCUCUCGGCUAGGAUGGUGGGCUCACGCGGGACAGGGGGACACAAAGGGGGCCACUGUUUAGCCAGAAACCGCCGAGGGCAGGUGCCUGGCCGGGAGUCACACACACAUCCUCCAUCUAAAUCCACAAGACUUCCCUGUGAGGCUAGUCAGCCCCUGUCCAGGUGAGAAAAGAGAAGCCCAGAGCGGGAGUGCCACUUGCCUGAUGUCACACAGGGAGGCCUGCCCCCAGUGCUUAUGCUCUCAGAAUGUGUAAAGGAAACAACCCACAGGACACUUCCUGGCCUGAAUGCCCUGAACUGGCAGUGCCAAGCACACUGGUUCUUGACUUGGGGGGGGUGGAGGGAGGGGGGCUCGCAGUGCCACCUGCAGUCUGGGCAAGAGGGAAAACGACUGAGUCAGUGGAGCAAGGCAGCGGCUUCUGGGGAGAACAUGGUAGCCACUGUCCGGGACCUGCCUCCACGCCCCCCCCCACCCCCCCGCUGGCCUCUUUGUUUCUCCUUUCUGGGCACUGGGCAGCCAAACCCAGGACAUCAAACCACAGCUUCCAUUUGA